AUGUCUGUUACGCUCCAUACAACCCACGGUGAUCUAAAGGUCGAAAUCUUCUGCGAAGCCGUACCGAGAACGGCGGAAAAUUUCCUCGCACUAUGCGCCUCGGGGGCAUAUGAAGGGACGCCCUUCCACCGACUGAUACCGGAUUUCAUGGUUCAAGGUGGCGAUACGUCCUUGUCCUCGAGAAAUGCGGGUACAGAAAAGCCCGCCAUAAAAGGAGGGGAAUCAAUAUGGGGAGGAUAUUUUGAAGACGAGAUCAAGGUCCCUGCAUUGAGACAUAGCGGGCGAGGCAUGGUGUCGAUGGCGAACAAGGGCCCGGGAACCAAUGGAAGCCAAUUUUUUGUGACGUUCAAAGAGGCGGCGCACUUGGAUGGCAAGAACACGGUUUUUGGAAGGGUGAUUGAGGGGGCGGAAGAGGGUGGCACGCUGGAUAAGAUGGAGGCCGUGGAGGUGGACAAGAAAUACCGUCCCAAGGAGAAGAUUGUGCUGGAGAAAGUGACGAUCCAUGCGAAUCCUUUAGCAGAUUGA